CGAGUGGCCAGUGUCCUAUUGGUAAUGGAUAACACCAAAAGUGGGCGUAGAAAAUUACAUAUACACGGCUUUGCAUUGCAAAAUAAUAAUAUCUGCCAACACAGGAAAAGAAUUUCCCGCAACGCCUUAUCUAGUACAAACUAUCCAUUGGUUAUCUUUAUUCUUAUCAUAUGGGAUUAACAAACUUGCUCUGAUCCUCACCUCAGCAUCUCCCAAGUUAAGACUUCUAAGUUCUCUUACACCCAGGUUGACAAGGUAAACUGUUUCCCUGUGGGCUCAUUACUAUUCAAAGUAAACUCCUCAGCCGUAAAAGUGGAGUUCAUAUAGGCCAUGUAUAUGAGAUGCACCUGCUCUUCUUAUCUUCAACUUGCCCUGCUCAUCUAUCUCAGCUUAUGAAAAGUUCAGCAUAAAGGUUGAAGCUCUAUAGACACCUGAAGAGUGCUAAGAGGGUUAACAACUUGAAAUGGAAGGCCCUUCUAGAGAUAGUAUUACCUUCAUCCUUAAUCUGCCUGACGAUUGCCUCUUUUUAAUUUUCCAAUGGCUUGAUUGUAGCUGUGAUCGUGAAUCGUUUGGUUUAACAUGCCGUCGCUGGCUCAAUAUACAAAAUUUAAGUCGCCGGUCCUUGCAAUUCCAGUGUUCAUUCACCAAUUUCACCCAACUCAUCCGCUCCUCGUUAUCCCAAACCGUUCCUAUUAACUCAUUCCAUCUAGACAGGCUGUUCGCCCGUUUUCAAUAUUUACAGUCUUUGUCCCUCUCUGGUUGCACACAACUGCUUGAUUUAGACUUGAGACAGUUGGAACACUGUGGUUCAAAUUUGCGUACUCUUUUUCUGGAUUGUUGUCUUGGAAUCACCGAUCGUGGACUGUUUCUCGUUGGUACUUUCUGUCCUUUGCUUACAGUUAUUAGCCUUUACCGAUGCAAUAUCACUGAUACUGGGUUAGAAAGUUUGGCUAAUGCUUGCUCAGCUUUAAAGGAUGUGAAUCUAUCAUACUGUGCAUAUAUUUCUGACCAUGGACUAAAGGCUGUUACUCAAGGAUGCCGUCAGCUUCAGGUGGUUAGGAUUUCUUCUUCUUGGGAAGUAAGUGGUAUUGGCUUCAAAGGGUGUUCAUCAACCUUAGCUUAUAUAGAAGCAGAUUGUUGUAACCUUGAACCGGAGGGUAUAAUGGGGAUUGUCAGUGGACGUGGGCUAGAGUAUUUGAAUAUUUCUGGUGUAAGCUGUAGGAUUAAAGGAGGUGAUUUGGCACCAAUUGGAACAGGUUUUGCCACAAGUCUCAAAUUCCUUAAUCUUCGCAUGUGCAGAGCUGUUGGCGAUGAGUCUAUUAUGGCAAUUUCAAAGGGGUGUCCUUUACUUCAAGAGUGGAACUUAGCAUUGUGCCAUGGGGUGACAAUAACUGGGUGGGAGGCAAUUGCACUCAACUGCCAUAAUUUGGAGAAACUUCAUGUCAACCGGUGUCGUAAUCUAUGUGAUGAUGGUUUGCUGGCUCUUAAAGAUGGGUGUAGCCGGCUCUCUGUCUUGUACAUACAUGGGUGUCGUCGGAUCACUACCACUGCAAUAGAGUUAUUCAAAUGUUAUAGAAGUAAUGUCACUAUAAAGGGAGAAGAAAUCAUAUGCAUUGGUCCUAAAUUGGCAUUUAGAUAGUAGUAAUGGGUGAAAUUGAAAACAUCAUUGUACUGUCAAACUUUACAUGACAAACAAGGGUUGAAUUCUGUUUAAAGAUUUGUGGUCUGUACAGGUGAACAAAAGCUACUUAUGUUUUUUAAGGUGUUUGGAUGAUACCUUGUAUAUUGUCUCCUAUAUAUUUUCAUCAAUAAAAUGCACAGGCUUUAUAGUA